AUGACCGCAAGGACGUUGCUGCGGUUGUUGCUGCUGCACGACCGACUGGAGACAGCUGACGACUGGGAUGGGGCGCUGGAAGAGGAGGGACAACUGCAUGGUAACGCUACGGACAUGGACGACGAACAAGAGGCUCGUCGUCGACGUGCGUUACGGAUCGUCGGCGCCAUCGGCGACGUCGUACCGCAUCUGCCCAAUUACAGCGCCGUGUCGACGAAAUUAACGGCACUGAUGCACUAUGGCGAAAAAGUGGACGCAGGUCAACUCCAUCAACUUGUGCAGCAAUGGCUGCAGCAGUCCCAUCGUACGCUUUUUCGAAAAUGGCUCGUCUGCGACUGGCUGCAGUGUAGCCAGCUAACAAUUACAGCAGGAGAUGCAGAAGAGCUCGUGCAAUGGCGACACGCGCUGGUGGUAGCGACACUGCACGAGGUGGUCAAGUCACUCAAGUGGACCUUACUGCGAAUCCUGCACGCAGUCAACGAGGCGAUGGAAACGCGAUGUACAGACGACCGAGACGCGAAAGGGACGAUCGAUACGUCGACGGCGGCAUCGAUGCAGGCGAUCGGGACCGUCGAAGAGCUGCUGGAUUUUUGUUUUCUACGUGCUGAGCAGCUUGCAAGUUACAGUCUUCUCUGUGCUGCGAAACUGCAUGCGCUGGCGGUGAAGACCCAGCGGAGCGCGACAAAACUCGUGGAAGACGAGGAGGUGCUGGUGAGGUUGCGGUGGGCGUUCAUGCUGAAGCCCAUGCUCUUUCGACCCCUGCUACAGCACGCAAUCGCGUUGAGGACUAUCGCGGAAAAAAGUGCAGCACAUCACGUGCGCACGAGCACAGCACUGUCGGGUCUUGUCAACUUGGUGGAUGCCACCAGUCGAGCGACGAUUUUGCUGGAGAUGCGUGCAAUGGGAAACGAGCUGGAUCGUGCGUUCGCUCGUGGUGCUAAGCACAUUCGCAGACUUGUCUUGACAUCAACAUGUCGAGCUGCUAUCGAGUCUGCUGUGCGUGAGUACGUCCAAACACUUUCGAACGGAGCGAAAGAACGUCUACUGGCAGAGCUGGAACGUGACUUGGACGAGGCACCACCACACUUGUUCCCGCACAUCUUCAUCUACUUAUCGUUGCUUCUCGGCGCCACGCUUUCACCGCGAGUUCCAGGUCACCAGAACCCCGUGACGUUCCGCGCCGUGUCGAUCUUGCUCUCGCUCUUUGAUCGACGUGGUCACGACGUUGAUAGCUGUCAAGACGUGCUCGGCCAGUUGCUUCACCCCGCGCUUGCCGACGACCCCAUGUGGCUCGACGAGCAAAACUCGUCACUGUACAUUGAGACAAUCGCGCGGCUCUCUGAGACUGCAACGAUUCAAGUCGAGCCACAAAAGCUGACGUGGGUCGUCACCAUGGCUUUGCACUACCUGCUCUUCGAGUGCGACGUCAAGCUCCUUCAUCGCCACCAAGCAACGCUCACACAAUGUGUACCCCAGCGCACCGUGCGCCUCGUCAAUAUUCGGCUCGGCAACUGUUGA